AGAUAUUUGCAGGAUAUCGAUGAUGAUAUCGGUAAUGCAUAUCAGAUCUAUAUCUCUAGAUAUAUAUACUUAUAUAUAAACCAAAGCAAAGGUCUUCCCUCUGUUUCUUUCUUCCAAACCAUUCAUCGAUCAACCUCAUUCAAGCAAAGUUUAAGCCUCCACGACAUGGAUUGGCAGACUUGCUGCGGAGAGAUUGGCGUCGUUGCAAUGCCGCCUGAAGGUGCUCUUGCAGCUUGGUUGAGGAAGAGGCUUCCCAACCAAGACAAACCGGCCUCGAUGGGCACGAAGUCCUCAGGCAAGAAUCGGCAUCUUAAGGCUAAGGAGUUGGAGGAGAAGAUCACAGUGAAUCCCGGGGCCGGUGCUGUCAAGCCCUCUCGAGGCACUACCAGCAGUGCUACUGCCCGCCCAAAGUCUAAGACCCUCAUGCAAAAAGUCAUAUCAUUCAUUCGAUUCCCGCAGAAAGAGGCAGGGGAUGAUAUUCGGGCAAUUGGGUCUGGGGAUUUGGUCAAGAGCUGUGCGUCGUGCAAGAAGGAGUUCGAGUCAGAAAAGGACGUCUACAUGUGUCGCGGUCGUGCAUUCUGUUCACUCGAGUGCAGAGAUAAAAGGAUUGCAUCGGAUGGGUACACCAGAAAGCAAGUCGGGCUCAAGAAUAAUGUCGGUGGUACUACUCCGAAACCAUUGGGACGGAACCCGAGCAUUCGACCUGCGCAUGCAUAGACGGACACAUAGAGAUUUGCUUAAUUCCAGGAAAGUUUUCGAUCCUUCUUUUCUUUUUAUGUUAUAUAUAUUUUUUAGUCUGCCAUAAGUGAAAUUUAUCCUAAAAAAGUAAAAAAAAAACAAAAAAAAAAGUAAAAAGAUUAGGUAGUUUUUGGGCUGCUUGAAUUUUUUUUGCUUUUGAUGAUUUUACUGCUUGAUUUUCUUUUAUAUUAGGUACUGAUGCUGGUUAAGAUUUGCUUCUUUCGAUUUACUUUGCCGCUUGAAAUUUGUUAGGAUGCUACCUUAGUUAGGAUAGGAUAGGAUAGGAUUCAUUGAUAUUUUUGCUCUUUUAAAUGGUUGCCUUAUUUUUGUCGAGUUGAUCUGACUUGCUAAUGGCAUAUAAUUCCAUGUUCGAUGAUUGAAUCAAUUGUCCUGGUUCUCGUGUGAUAUCGAUAUAACAAAUUCAUGAAUCGAGUAAAGAUAAGAUUUUCUUGCCAUGCAUCCCCCACCUUAGGUAGGUCAGGGAUCCCCAAGCACCAUGAGCACGUUUAAUCUCCAGUCAUUAUUUGCAUGUUAGUUAAGAGAAAGUUUAUGUUUUUUUUUAUUGGAUUUACAAGGUCGUAUCAUUUAAAGUUUGCUUUUAUUUUCUCUCGAAGCAAAAAUGCAGACAGCAUAUUUCUUUAGAGAUGAUUAAGGCAAUGAUUAAGUAAUGGGGCAUCAUUCAGAAAGUGGAAAGAAAAGCAUUUAUAACGGGCAUAAGUAGCUAGGCAUGGUCGUCGAAUGAUCGAUGGUUGAGUGGCUUAAUUUAAAUUUUCCACAUUUCUCCUAGGCCAAAAGCAUAUCCAAAAGAAAUAAAAGGAGUUAUGUGUCGUGAUAUCAAAAGAAUAUGUAUAAGUUUGCUUUUUCCUGAGGCAUCUAAAGACAAAACCAAAGCCUAGUGCUUCAUGUAGUGCCUAGAUCUCGUCUCCUAUGUGGGAGAGAUACAAAGACCUUCCGAUUCAAAAACCCUCAUUUCAAAGAGAAGUCCUUAUGAUCUAAAUUUCGAUUUUUUGGCCUGCAUUCGCCGAGAGAGGAAAGACCAAGCAAAUAUCUUAUUAUCACGAGCUAAGUAAUGAUGCAUUAAUUACAUGGACUCAUCGAGACUGCAUACAUUUGACUGGUUCGGAGAUUAAAUGCACACACACUGCACGGGAUCCCUUUCCGUAUACAUUAUUUGGAUGUGCAAGUGAACUGAAUUUUGAACUCGAUGAUGAUUGGAUCAAUUUAAUCACGAGAUCGCAAUACAUAUAACUCUUUGAGAACAUGUGUCCUUCUUGCUAUAUCGGAUCAAUGCGACUCAAUUAGCUUGCACUUUUUUCUUCCUAAAAAGAAAUUGGCCAAAAUUCUGAGUUUCGGGGUAUAUGAUAGGGAUGGGAAUCAAUGUUAUCUUUUAAAUAUGUUUAUAAUAUAAUAUUAUCUCAUCAAUAUUUCUUCGACAAAUUAUGAUACCCUGAAAUGAAGAUAAUGCAAGUAAAUGCAGGUAUUUUCGAAUCCCUCAUUCAUUUCUCCCUCAAAUUAUAAUUUAUCCCUCAAAUUAUAAUUUAAUUCUCAUUUAAGCAUCGGAGAGGGAAAUCGAGAUUCCCUCUCGAUCUCCCCUUUUUGCAGGUCGUUCGGGAUUCGUUUGUGGACGACUCUCGCCAUGCUUAUCUUAUGGAAGACAAGUUCUCAUUGAAUAAAGAGUUCAAAGUUUCAAAUGGCCAGCAAACCGUACUUCAUAUAAGGGAGGUGCAUUCGGAAUGCUCUGUAUUCCUGCAGAUCUCAUCAUUUCGGCUGGAAUAUUGCUGAAAGAAUCCCGUGAACGCAAACUCUGUUUAUCGGCAUGUAAGCAUAAUCUCCUUCUCAACUUUACUAGUUAGAUCGUACAAGGGAAUAAGGAGAUUGUAAUCACCAUGUCAACUGCAAUAUUUUUUACUGUCUAUACGAACUCCCACUGAUGGAUGUAUAUUAACUGAUUUUGUCAAUGUAACUUUAAUCUGGAAUAAAUCAAUAUCAAUCGAGCGAUUAGUACGUCGUCUUCUCGGAAAGACAUGGUCAAUUAAAGAUAGAGAAUGAGGUACUGAUAAGUCAGAACAGAAGUGGAAUGAGAUCUAUAUGCAAACCUUAUCCAACAUGCGGUUUUCCAGGAAGCCUUUUGAGAACUGGAAAGACCAUAGAACUUCUUCACGUGAGCCAUUUUGAUCUGACCAAGCAAAAGCCUCUCCGAUUUCAUGUCCCCAUGCAAAA